AACACAUCCCGUGGUGUGUCGCUCUCGGUGCCUAUUUGCCGUACAUCGAUUCCGAAUAGUCCAGCAGCCUGCAGUGGGAAAAGCAACAGCGAAACAAGUGCCAAGCUAGAGCGAUCCGUGUGCACAAGACGAUUUGAAAUGUCCAACGCAACGCAUCGGCAUCGGUAUAAAAAUGUGGGCCUGGACUCGACAGAAAUGCGGCGCCGGCGGGAGGAGGAAGGCAUUCAGCUGCGAAAGCAAAAGCGCGAACAACAGCUGAUUAAGCGACGCAACGUCAACGUGGCCGACGAGCUCGAACAGGAUGCAAUUCUUUCGGACGAGACAACAUCGACCGACAACCGGUCGCUCAUACAGCCGGCCGUCAUCCAGGCACUGUACAGCGAGAACAUCGAGGAGCAGCUGGUCGCCACACAGAAGUUCCGCCGGUUGCUGUCCAAAGAGCCCAACCCGCCCAUCGAUAUGGUGAUCAAGCACAACAUCGUACCGCGGUUGGUGCAAUUUUUGGGCAACUCGGAAAACUCCACCCUACAGUUUGAAGCUGCCUGGGCACUAACGAACAUCGCUUCCGGAACGUCAGAGCAAACGAGCGUGGUGAUAGCGGCCGGUGCCGUGCCAAUCUUUGUCGAUCUUAUGAAAAGCCCCCACGAGGACGUGCAGGAGCAGGCGAUCUGGGCGCUGGGUAAUAUUGCCGGCGAUUCGCCGGAGUGUCGGGAUUGCGUGCUGGAUCACGAUGUGCUGGAACCGCUGCUACACGUUUUGAGUACCUCGCGUCGGCUAACGCUAACGCGUAACGCGGUAUGGGCCCUGUCGAACAUGUGCCGGGGUAAGAACCCGCCGCCCGAUUUCUCCAAGGUCGAAAAAUGCCUUCCCAUUCUGUCCCAGCUCAUGUUCCACAACGAUGUGGAGGUGCUAGGCGAUGCCGUCUGGGCGGUCAGCUAUCUGUCCGACGGUUCGAACGACAACAUCCAGGCCGUCAUCGAUGCGGGCUGCUGCCGGCGCUUGAUCGAGCUUCUUUCCCAUAGCCACAACAACGUAGUGUCGGCGGCGCUGCGUGCCGUGGGCAACAUCGUCACCGGCAACGACACCCAGACGCAGCUGAUCCUGAACUGCAAUGCCUUACCCUCGAUCCUGCAGCUGCUCAGCUCGACCAAGGAGGCGGUCCGCAAGGAGGCGUGCUGGACCAUCUCGAACAUUGCGGCCGGCAACCGGAACCAGAUCCAGGCCGCGAUCGAUGCCAACAUUUUCCCGAGCAUCAUCGAUCUGCUGCAGAAGGCCGACUUCAAAACACGGAAAGAGGCGGCCUGGGCCAUCACCAAUGCGACGAGUGGUGGCACGGUGCAGCAGAUCAAGUAUUUGGUGGAUGCUGGCUGUAUACCACCCAUGUGCGAGCUGCUGACCGUGAUGGACCCGAAAAUAGUUACCGUGGCGCUGAACGGGCUGGAAAACAUUCUGAAGGUGGGCGACGAGCAGCGAACCAAACCGAACCCGUACGCCGUAAUGAUAGAGGAAUGCUACGGUCUCGACAAGCUGGAAUUCUUACAAUCGCACCAGAACAAUGAUAUUUACGAGAAGGCAUUUAGCAUAAUCCAAAAGUACUUUAGCAACGACGACGAGGAUCUGGCGGUGGCACCGAGCACGGACAACAAUCAGUUUCAGUUCAACGCGGACCAGUCGGUGCCGAUGGAUGGAUUCCAGUUUUAAUUGCCUUCUACGUGUCUCUCGCACACACACACUCUCUUUCUCUCUCUAUCUCUCUCUCCUUUUCCUCCCACACAUGCACACCCACAUUUAUUCCUGCAAACGCUACAAUGUUUUGACCACUCCGUUAUCAGUCACCUUGGCCCCAUCCUCUCCCUGCCUUGUUGCAAGGUGAUGAUUCGUUCCCGGGACACAUUAGGAACGCGUUAACGGGUUUUUUCUUCUUUUUGUUUCGUGCACCGUUCUCAUUUCGAACGUGUAGAAAGGUUGACGUAUCAGGAGAUGUCGAGGGUAUUUUAGAGGAUUUCAGAGAUACGGUUAGUGUGUGCUCUGAUUGUCCUAUCUCUGACAGCCACACAGCAUAUACAUAUAUAGAUAUAUACAUAAAACAGACACAUAAACUACGCGUAAACGCUCCCUCUUCUUUUCGGCGUACAGCGUAAAGUAAAGCGCAUAUAUGGGUAGGAGCAGUUGGUAUAUAAUAGCCGACAAAUCUUAUAAAUAUAAUACUGUAAAGUAAUAUUUACGUUUAAUGCGCGCCCCCCUCAAGACUUUCCGAUGCACAGAAAGCGUGGUAAGGUUAGGGACAAAAAAGAAGGAGGGUUAGUAGACCGCAGCUUCGUUUUUUCCUUUGUGUGUGUUUGUGUGGUGGCUCACCUUUGUGUGUGUGUAUGUGUGCUGAUAUGAGCAAGCUUAUUUAAUUUAUUGUAUACAUUCAGGCCUUCUACCUUCCUACUACCAUUUUGUACUACGCUGUGCUUGCAGACAGACACUUUUGCGUAAUAGUAGGCCGUGAGAACAGUUACUACGCAGCUGCAGUUAUGUGCAAAUCGCAAUCCUCUAGACUAAAGAGCGCUAAGAACAAUAGGAUUUUUUAACAAACUGUCAUUUUUUGAAAACUGCGUUAAUUUAUGUGUUUUUUUUUUAUACCCAAACCUUCAAUUCUUGUAUAAGGCAAUGUUAACCCAUACCCUCCCCUCCCCUCUUGACUACCGCUAAUGAUGCUUGUAAUAAUCUAUUAAAUUCUAAUGCUCUUAACCCUCGUGUAAAGAUCGUGCAAGUUUUGUAUCAUUCGUUUGUGUGUACCGCUUUCAUACAACACAAAAAUACCGGUACAGAUAUAUUUUUCCCGAAGACGCAAAAACAGCAGAAAGGAUCGAUCGGUGGUAAUCAUAAAACUAGUGUCCCUCACUACCACCCUCCACACUUAAGACCACCACAGGGACACAGGGAUAGAGUGUGUGUGUGUGUGUGCGUGUGUGUGGCCAUUCGGUCGUUUUAGAGUAUGUACGCGUGCACGUAUAUUAUAGAUUCGAAACUCUCACACAACCCUCGGGACGGGACGGAACUAGCCCGACCAGGCAUCGGAGGGCCCCUUCUUCCCCCCUUUCCGUUUUCCCCUUCACGUUAUUCCGCGUACGGUUCUCGUAACAAGCAAAACAAAAACAAAAAAACAGAAGAAAAAGGAAACCAAACCUAAAUUAACAAAUAAAAUAUUCACCAUUUAUCUCUUGGA